GCGCCGCCACCUUCGUUUCGAUCUCGCAUCACGCAGGAAGCGCACAGCGUGUGCAACUGCAUGCGAAAGAUGGCCAGGCUUGUCGUGUUCAGCUUGCUUGCGUUGCUCGGUGCGGUGGCUGCUCAACAUGGGUCCAUUAAUGGCAGCUAUCCUCCGCCAAGCCCGAGCCCUCAUGGUUCUCCUAGCAUCGCCCCGGUGCCGAGCUCGAGCCCGAGCCCUCCCGGUUCUCCUAGAGUUGCGCCGAUGCCGAGCCCGCCGAGCUCAAGGCCACCCACUCCAAGCCGGCCGAGCCCUCAUGGUUCUCCUAGCAUCGCCCCGGUGCCGAGCCCGAGCCCGAGCUCUCCCGGUUCUCCUAGAGUUGCGCCGAUGCCGAGCCCGCCGAGCUCAAGGCCUAGGCCACCCACUCCAAGCCCGCCCAGCCAGGCUCCUCCGUCCCCUGCUGGUCCACAGCUCAUGGUCGGCUUCUACAAGGACUCAUGUCCUCGCGCGGAGGAGAUCGUCAGCGAGGUCGUGCGGAGCGCCACGACCAUGAACCCCGGCAUCGGCGCCGGCCUCAUCCGCAUGGCCUUCCACGACUGCUUCGUCCAGGGCUGCGACGCGUCCGUCCUGCUCGACCCGACGCCGGCGAACCCGCAGCCGGAGAAGCUCGGCCCACCAAACUUCCUGAGCCUGCGCGGUUUCGAGGUAAUCGACGAGGCUAAGGACAAGCUCGAGAAGGCUUGCCCCGGCAAGGUCUCGUGCGCCGACAUCAUCCAGUUCGCCGCGCGCGACGCAUCCUACUUCCUCAGCAACGGCAGAGUCAACUUCAUGAUGCCCGCAGGCCGCCGCGAUGGGCGUGUCUCCCUCGCCAGCGAGACGCUCCAAUUCCUGCCCCCGCCGUUCUUCAACCUCGCGCAGCUUGUCGCCAACUUCAGGGCCAAGAACCUCACCGUCGACGACCUCGUGGUGCUCUCCGGCGCGCACACCAUCGGCCGCUCCCACUGCUCGUCCUUCUCGGGUCCCCUGUCCCCGCCGACCUCCUACAUGAACCUGGGCCUCUCCGGCUCGCUGAGGAGGCAAUGCCCCGUCAAACCGAACUCGAGCAACGACCCCACAGUGGUGCAGGACGUCGUGACGCCGAACAGGAUGGACAGCCAGUACUACCGGAACGUGCUCAACCGUAACGCGCUGUUCAACUCCGACGCCGCGCUCCUGACGUCGUUGCAGACGAGGCAGAUGGUGUUCUUCAACGCCUUCGACCCUGGACUGUGGGAGCAGAGAUUCGAAGCGGCCAUGGUGAAGAUGGCUGGCAUCGAGGUGAAGACCGACAUCAACGGCGAGAUCAGGAGGAACUGCCGCGUCGUCAACUAGUGGUGUGCAUGGGUGAGAAGAUGAACAACAGCAUUAGCGUUACGCUUGCAGCCUGUGAAUAAGCUAGUGUUAUUUCCCUGUUUCAUUUUGCAUUUUCACACUGUUGUUGUUUGGUUUACACCAUUAUUGAUUUUCUUUUUCUUUCUUUGCCUUUGUAAGCAAUAAUACCAUAUUGUCUUCGAGAUUUUGACAUAACGUGAUGUAG